CCCACCUCCAUCGCCACCUAUCUGAUAAGCAACCUACCUUACUCAUAUUAUCCAAAGUCCACAAUGGAAGAUAAAACAAACGAGACGCGCUCCAGUACGCCUAUUUCAAGCUCAGUCGUCGAGGCAGAGGAGCAUAAAGUGGGCCUAUCUAAUGGAUCCCCUAUCGAAGCACCCGUAGAAGAGACACCGAUCCCACCGCCCGACACAAUCCAGGGCUGGAUAGUUGUCUUUGGCGCUUUUUUCACGCUUAUGAUGUCGAUCGGUGCGACAACGGCUUACGGCGUCUACCUUCAAGCAUACAAACUAGACGAGUUUCCCAACACAUCAUCAUCGAUGCUAUCGUGGAUCGGUACACUGCAGUUUUCAAGUAUGUGCUUCUUCGGCAUUGGCGUCGGUGUCCUUUGUGAGCGCCUGGAUACACGGCUAAUCAGCCUGUUUGGCGCAGUUGUCACUGGCCUGUCGCUGAUUAUUGCCUCGUUUUGCCACUCACCGGGCGCACUGCUGGGUACGCAGGGGAUUAUGUUUGGCUUCGGUGGUUCGUUCCUAUAUGUCACUGGGCUGACCCUGCCGCCAAUGUGGUUUGAAAAGUACCGCAGCCUGGCCACCAGUAUUGCAAUUGCUGGCUCGGGCAUCGGUGGACUGUGGAUGUCGUUUGCCACUCGUGCCAUGAUGAGCAGUGUCGGGCGGGAAUGGGCGCUACGCAUCACUGGCUUGGUGGUCAUCGGUGUAUGCUCGGCGAUGAGCCCGUUACUGAAGACACGGAUGAAGCCAGCGCGGCGCGAGAAGAUUAUCGACUUCAGCGUUCUUCGGGACCCAAAGUUUGCCCUUCUGUUCUUUAGCACACUGCUGGGCGGCGGGUCAUACUAUAUUCCCAUCUACAACUUCCCUACAUACGCCUCCAUCGUUCUGGGAAAGAACCGGUCGUGGGGCUCCAAUAUGUCGGCUAUUGUCAACGGCUCGUCGAUUGCUGGCCGUGUGGUGAUGGGACUGCUGGGUGACAAGAUUGGCCCACUCAACGCUUUGUGGAUAUCUACAGUUGGAACCUGCCUGAGUGUACUGGUUCUGUGGCUGCCAUUCAAGACAGUCGGGCCAUUCCUGGCUUCGGUUGUCUUGUUUGGGUUCUUUUCAGGCGCCAUCGUCAGCCUUGUGCCUGUGGCCACUGCAAGUCUGUUUGGUGUUAGGCGUCUGCCCAGCAUCAUGGGUCUGAUUAUGUGUGCGUACAUGAUCGGUGGGCUUAUUUCUUCCCCACCUGCUGGCGCCAUGUUGGACAGGUUUGGCCAUGGCACCAACUUCAGUAGCCUGAUUAUCUAUGACGGCGUGCUUGCUGGUGCAUCUGUUGCCACACAGUCAGUUCUACGUGUGAUUGUUUCACGGAGAUUCUUCCACAAGGCGUAAGUAAAUGCCACAGUGAGGUUAGAUCCGAGCACAUGACUUUUUAGCAUACAGUUUUAUUAAUAUUGUUUGUUGAAUGUGUGGGGAUUUUAAAAGUUAUACUUAAUACUGAA